GCAAACAGUAGCAGGAGAUGCGGCAGUAGUUCUCCUUUGGUCAACAGAUCUCAUAGUGAGCAUAUUCUCGAAAAUAAUUAAACCAACCUGGAAAUCGCUCAAAGUUUUGUGGUCGUCAGGUAGGGUAGAGCGAGGUGGGGCGUGGAGAACUCUCCAAGUUCAGGUAAAGUGGGAUGUGGCUGGAAGCAAAACACUUUCUGUUAAGUGUCGAAUAAUCAGUUACAUCUGAAGAGGUGUGGAAAUAAUUUUAUUCAUUGCACCGACGUGUGGGCCAAGAUCCAGGGGCUAAAAAGAAUCUGCAAUUCUUCGGGCGUGUACGUUGGUGAAGACACACCUUGUCAAUCGAGAAAAGGCACUGGACUCAAUAUUGGAACUUGAAGCCACCGUCACCUGUUGACACACCACGUAACAGCUUAAGUUGUAGGCUGCUUCAUCAUUCACAGUUACAAUCUUCACAGAAGCAACCUUACAAUCAGAUCUAAAUCAUGUUCUUGCUUUAAAAAUAUCGUUGCUGGAUAGCACUUAGUUUUAUUGAGACUCUGGGCAGCUAGUUUGUGUCAUCUAAGUUUAUUCUUAGUUAUAUAUAACUGAUAUAAUUUUGCUACCGUUGCUACUCCUGGCUGCCUACAGUUAAGUUUACGGUUAAUAAUCUGCGUUGAAAGUACACACGUUUAUGUGUUCUAGAUUUCUAUCAGACUAGCUGAUAAACUAUCUGCACCAUUCAGUCCUGAAUCAUCUUGUUACUACAAUGACUAUCCGUGUGUUUUCCUGUACAGCUUGGACAAUAUUUCUGUCCCUCGGGAGUAUUAAAGGGCAGGAUACCAAAACUGGUACGCGUUUUGUGUGCACGUCUGUUCCAGUUGAUGCUGAUCUUGGUUGCCCUCUGCCUCCUAUACCCAUACAGAGCACCAACCCUUCAGAGGAAGACUUAAGAGCCAUUGUAGUUCAGUUAAGAGAGACAAUAUUACAGCAAAAGGAAACAAUUGUGAACCAGAAGGAGACCAUCAAAGAACUGACCUCCAAGCUUAACAGAUGUGAGGCUCAUUCACAGGGUUCGGCGGUGAGUGGCAAACAUAACCAAGGAGCCUGGCGAAAAGAAUCUGGCAAAUCGGGAGGCAAAGAUACCAUGGGCGAUUUGCCUCGGGAUCCACACGAGACCAUAGAACAUCUUGGGCGCACCAUGCAGUCUUUGAAAGACCGCUUAGAGAGUCUAGAGCACCAGAUGCGAGUUAACUUGACCACUUUGGCUCUGCCUAAUGAUCUGCGCGACAUGCUUCAGAGAAGGCUGGGUGAGCUGGAACGUCAGCUUUUACGCAAAGUAGCUGAACUUGAAGAUGAAAAAUCUUUUCUUCAUAAUGAGACUGCAGCUCACCAUCAAAGAACUGAAAGUGCACUCAAUGCUCUGCUCGAACGGGUCACUGAGUUAGAGAAAGGAAACAAUGGCUUCAAAUCACCAGAUGAUUUUAAACUGUCCUUGCCUCUGCGCACAAACUACUUAUAUGGGAAGAUUAAAAAAACCCUUCCAGAACUAUAUGCCUUCACUGUGUGUAUGUGGCUCCGUUCGAGUGCAUCACCUGGAAUAGGAACACCUUUCUCUUAUGCUGUCCCUGGACAAUCUAAUGAAAUAGUGCUGAUGGAAUGGGGGAACAAUCCAAUUGAACUGCUCAUUAAUGACAAGGUUGCUCAGAUUCCUUUGUAUAUUGGUGAUGGUAAAUGGCAUCAUAUCUGCAUCACGUGGACAACCAGAGACGGAAUGUGGGAAGCAUACCAGGAUGGUGAUAAGCAGGGAAGUGGUGAGAACCUGGCACCAUGGCAUCCCAUAAAACCUGGUGGGGUUUUGAUACUGGGUCAGGAGCAGGACACCGUUGGGGGUCGAUUCGAUGCAACACAAGCCUUCGUUGGAGAGCUGAGCCAGUUUAACAUCUGGGACAGGAUUCUCAGUCCGGAAGACAUCAUGAACUUGGCCAACUGUUCCAAUAACAUGCCAGGCAAUGUCAUUCCUUGGGUUGAUAAAAAUGUUGACGUUUUCGGAGGAGCAACAAAAUGGCCCUUGGAGUCAUGUGAGGAGCGAAUGUUAGAUUCAUAACUCUCCCCUCAUCCUGCACCUCAUCAUUCUUCACAUAAGUGCCCAUACUGUACUGGAGCUCAUUCCUUUCAGAAAUCGUUCCCCAUUCCAGUAAAACAUUUCUUUAGUUGAACUCCCAAAUUAAAUGCAAAGCAGCUAUUGUAACUUUCAGAACAGAUUUCCUGGCAGUACUUUGGAAACGCAAAAAGAGAAAAAAGGAGUUCAGAAUGUUCCUGGGAAGUAUUUAUCUGUUAGUUAUAAUGGCAUCAUUUGGGAAUUCCAUUAUGAAAAGUGACUGGGUUAAUGUUUUGCAAAACGAAAUAUAACAAUUGUCAAAAUUAUGGUAAGCCACAGGGCAUCAAAAAAAGGACAAGCAAAAUAAUUAGUUGCAAAUUAAUUAUCAUAGUCCUAACCUGAAAAGAGCAAUUUUGUCAAGCAAAAAUGUAAACAGUACAAACUCAAAAAAAAAAAAUCCAUGUUAGAUGCAUCUGUUGCUAUUUUUCCGUAUAAUAGUUUAUGGAAGCCAGUUACAUUAGCUCUUAUUUGGACAUAUAUCUUUUAUUCUGAUUUCCUAGUAAUCAUUCAUGCACUCAGAUUCAAAGUGUAUGCAGCUGACAUUUGUAUCAUUUUCUGCUGCAUAUUGCAGAUCUUGCUAUCAUAUAACCAAUAGUAAGCUAAAGCCAGUAUAUGAAUAGUAAUGUACCUGUUCAGGUGACAAGUGCAAGUGUGUACCUUGGCUAUUAGUUACCACAAAAGAGUAGCUUUGUUUAUAGUCACAAAUGUCUUGAAUCAUGCCACCUAAUAUGCACAAUUAGUGCCAUAGCAUGUCAUAUACAAGGUAAGGUAUUAUUGGAGUACACUAUGUGUCUGAAUCUGGUAAAGGUGCAGUAAAAAAAAAUCAGCCAAUAAUGAACUGAGAAAGAGGGGAAAUGAAUAUGGGCUUUCAAAAAGCAGACCCUACAAUAUCUCAGCCUAACUUCAUUAUCACAGCUUCUGAAAAUAUUAGCUCAGUUAUCUGAUUACUUAUGGAUUUAGAUGGUAUGUAUGUAUGUUUGCAUUUAAGACCAACGUUUUUAAAAUCGUACUCAGUAGCCUCUUUGCUGUACACAAGAGAGAUGAUGAAAAUGCACCCUUUGCAAGAAUACGCCCUUUACACUGAAACAACUUGCAGGACUGUCUGUACAAUACAGACAGUUAUAUAUUCGCAACAUUCACGUAUUGAAAAUAGAUAACAAUAAAGUGCAAUGUAGCAACAUGCUUACAUUUACUGUACCAUCUGAGGCACUAUCCCAGCAUGCAUCAGUGGCCCAUGGUUAGUUAUUUGAUAAUGUAGACAGAUGAGCAUGGCGGUACAUAGGUAACAUGUACCGUUGUGUAAAUUAUAAAUAGAUAUCUUUUAUACUGACAUUGGAAGUAAUCUAGUUAGUUAUAGUAGGCUAGACAGGAGCUAAACAGUGAGUCUGUAUUUCUGGGUUAACUAUAUCUCACAAGGUCAUUAAAUACAACUUGCCAAAUUUUUUCUUCUGAAAUCUUUCUAGGGUUUUAGUAUGUAAAUUAACAUCCCUUGCUGGUAGAGUAUUUGGAAAGCUACUUUUCAGCUUUGAUCUGUUAGGGUUUGUAUAAUUUAAAAAUGUCUUUAAUUUUGCAUAUCAAAGACUGCCUGGCAAGGUUAUGUGUUGAAUGUAAAAUGUGGCAAUUAAUAUGUUCAAGCAGUCAUAACUUGGUACAUGAUUGCAGCAUUCCCACCAAAGUGCAAACUUAAUCAGUCUACCUGCCUUGGGCUUAAAGAAUAAUCUGUCUUUAGUUCUAUUUUAUUAUAUCACAUGAUUCAUUAACUUCAGUAUGGGUUAAGCAGGAGAAUAAGACUGCCACAGGGGACCAGCAUUCAGAUUAAAAAGCUCUCAUAGUACAUGAUCAGAAGUGCUGUGUCAUGCUACGUUUCUUUUUUCUAUAUGCUAACACGCAUUAUGAUGUAAACAGAUGCAAUCUUUUAUUGGCAGCAGUAUGCAAAUGUUCUGUGUGACACAGGGCCACCAUUUAAAGAAAUGAUUGGUUGAGAAGAAGGAAUAUUUAUACCCUGCACAGUUACUUCAAAAAUAUCAUGUCAGGCAGCUGAUCACAGGUGCUAUAAGCGAUCUCCUUACAUGAGGGACACACAGCUUCAGAGCAACCAUCAUUUUCUGUUGAUAAAAAGUCUAAGUAAUUUUUUUUCGUACUUGUACGUUUAGUAAGUUUUCAAAAGGGAUGCCAGAAAAGCAGCUCAGACGUUUGACAAAGAUAUAUUGGUUACUUCAUGUACUUGCAGAAAAGGUGUCUUUCCUACAGCUAUUCCAAAAGCUGUCUUAUAUUACAAAGUGUGCUAAAGUUGUGAGCAGAUGUCUGUAGUUAAUGUGCUAAUCCAAAUAAACAUCAGUGCAGUUGCUUCAUGCAUGGGACUUAGCCAUAUGUUUAGUGACAACAUGUAAAUAGCUAAGAAUGUAUUUAUAGCAAGGCUCACAUGUGAAAUGUCAGGCAUGUAAAUAGCUAAGAAUGUAUUUAUAGCAAGGCUCACAUGUGAAAUGUCAGGCAUGUAAAUAGCUAAGAAUGUAUUUAUAGCAAGGCUCACAUGUCAAAUGUCAGGUAUCUAUUGCUAGCAGAUUCUGCAAGCAGCUGAAACUUGCAUAAAAGUGUCACAGUUAAAUAUUAAAAGAGUGAUAUGUUGCUUUCAGGAUGAUGAGUGACAAGGCAAAGGGCAAAGUCAAGUGCCAUGACUCCCAUAGGCUUUUGCCAUUCCAUUGUAACUGUACAUGUAAGACAAUACUGGUCUACUUGUAAAACGGGCUUUUUAUUCAGGUGUAUAUUCAGCAGAAAUGAAUCACUUAACCCUUCAUCCAAAUGUGUAGCAUUACUGAAUGUAACGCUCUUUACACUAGUGGUAGGAAAGACUUUUUUUCUUUAUGUGAUUUUUUUUCUUCUUUAACACCCCUCUCAAAUAUUCUAGUUAUAAAACUGGAGACAUGAAUGAAACCAUGAAAUUAGUCAUGCACUGUAUGCAAAUGGUUAUGUUUUGCAAAUUAAAAAAUGUGUGCAUGCUUAUGUAUAUGCAUACAUACAUAUAUGUAUUAUACAAACUUUUUCAUUGUAUCGUUAAUGUUGGAAGCUAUGCACUGACAACAUGUUAACUGUAUUGCAGUGGACAGCCUGAAUUGCCUGAUUUUACAUGCAACCAUGUAAGAGGAUAAUAGAGAUUGGUCCCUGCCAUACUGCUGCCUGUAUGAGUGGAAUGUUCUUGCUGUUUUAUCAUGGAAGGUUAUUGCUGUUUUUUACAAAUUUUGCACCAAAUGUUUUAUGCUUGGGAGUGUUAAUAGAACAUCUGAAAAUCAUGUUAGAAACAAUAAAAGGCAUAUAGCAAUGGAACUGA